AUGGAGCGGUUAGGGGAGAAAGCCAGUCGCCUGCUGGAGAAGUUAAGACUCUCGGACUCCGGCAGCGCCAAGUUCGGCCGCAAAAAGGGUGAAUCUAGCCGGUCCGGGUCCGAUGGGACUCCUGGGCCGAGCAAAGGGCGACAGAGUGGGUUAGGGGGACCUAGGAAACCCGGGCCCCGAGGAGCUACUGGGGGACCUGGGGAUGAGCCUUUGGAGCCGACUCGAGAGCAAGGCCCCCUGGAUGCUGAGCGGAACCCGCGCGGCUCCUUUGAGGCUCAGCGCUACGAAGGUGCCUUUCCCGGGGGGCCUCCCCCGACCCGGGCCUUGCCUCUACCUCAGUCAUCGCUCGACAUUCGGCUAGAGACCACGGCCCCGGCCUUGAGCCCCCGCUCCAGCUUCGCCAGUAGCUCGGCCAGCGAUGCGAGCAAGCCGUCCAGUCCCCGAGGCAGCCUGCUGCUGGACGGGGCGGGGGCUGGCGGCGCCGGAGGUAGCCGGCCCUGCAGCAAUCGUACCAGCGGCAUCAGCAUGGGUUAUGACCAGCGACACGGGAGCCCUCUGCCUGUCGGGCCGUGCCUGUUUGGCCCGCCCCUGGCCGGUGCUCCAGCAGGCUAUUCCUCCGGAGGGGUUCCCUCUGCCUAUCCGGAGCUGCACGCCGCCCUGGACCGGCUUUGCGCUCACCGGCCCGCGGGGUUCGGCUGCCAGGAAAGCCGCCACUCUUAUCCCCCGGCAUUGGGCAGCCCAGGAGCUCUAGCUGGGGCUGGAGUGGGAGCACAAGGGCCCUUGGAGAGACGAGCGGCGCAACCUGGACGACAUUCGGUGACCGGCUACGGAGACUGCGCCGCCGGCGCCCGCUAUCAGGAUGAGCUAACAGCGUUGCUGCGCCUGGCGGUGGGCACGGGUGGGCGAGAAGCCGGCACCCGGGGGGAACCCUCGGGGAUUGAGCCGUCGGGUCACGAGGAGCCGCCGGGUCCGUUUGCUCCGGAGGCCGCCCGAGCCCGGAUGCGUGAACAGGAGGCCAGGGAGGACUACUUUGGCACCUGUAUCAAGUGCAACAAAGGCAUCUAUGGGCAGAGCAACGCCUGCCAGGCCCUGGAUAGCCUCUACCACACCCAGUGCUUUGUCUGCUGCUCCUGUGGGAGAACUUUGCGCUGCAAGGCUUUCUACAGUGUCAACGGCUCUGUGUACUGUGAGGAAGAUUAUCUGUUUUCAGGGUUUCAGGAGGCAGCUGAGAAAUGCUGUGUCUGUGGUCACUUGAUUCUAGAGAAGAUCCUGCAGGCAAUGGGGAAGUCCUAUCACCCAGGCUGCUUCCGAUGUAUCGUUUGCAACAAGUGCUUGGAUGGCAUCCCCUUCACAGUGGACUUCUCCAACCAAGUGUACUGUGUCACCGACUACCACAAAAAUUAUGCCCCCAAGUGUGCAGCCUGCGGCCAACCCAUCCUCCCCUCAGAGGGUUGUGAAGACAUCGUGAGAGUGAUAUCCAUGGACCGGGAUUACCACUUUGAGUGCUACCACUGUGAGGAUUGCCGGAUGCAGUUGAGUGAUGAGGAAGGCUGCUGCUGCUUUCCUCUGGAUGGGCACUUGCUUUGUCACAGCUGUCACAUGCAGCGGCUCAACUCCCGACAGCCCCCUACCAACUAUAUCUGA